UCUCUCCUCUAAAGAACUUAACCCCCCAAAAUGUCCUUCCCCAGCAGCUCACCUGCAGCCAAUACGUUUCUCGUGGACUCUUUGAUUGGCGCGUGCAGGACGGACAGCUUUUACUCCGGCAGCAGCAACAUGUACAUGCCGUCCACAGCAGACAUGGGAACUUACGGAAUGCAAACCUGUGGACUCCUGCCGUCGUUCGGCAAAAGAGGAGAGGUCAACCACCAAAACGUGGGCAUGAAUGUCCACCAGUACAUACCUCAGAUAGAUAACUGGACCGAUCCGAGCAGACCGUGCAGGAUAGAGGGGUCCAGUCAGAUGUCAAACUGUACAUUUUCUCAGAGCAUAAAAGAGGAGAGCAAUUGCUGCAUGUAUUCUGAUAAGAGAGUACAAAAAGUCAGCUCUUCAGAGGUUUACUCUAAUGUUAUUCCUGAGGCUGAUGGUCCAGAGAUCCCGGUUCCGGGAUAUUUCAGACUGAGUCAAACUUACGCGAACGGGAAGCACCAGGAAAACUACCACCAUGCGCCGCCGAGUCCAAACCCAACACUCAUGCAGCUCAGCCGGGUCACCCCGAAACCACAGCCCCCCUCUUCCUCCUCCUCCUCCUCUGGGUCUUCUAAUUUUGCAGAAGUUGAAAAGAAAAGUGAAGAAAUUCCGCAGAAGUCGGAGACCUCAAUGACGCCGGUCCCAGCAGAAAGCCCGGAUCCUUCGAAGUCCAGCUCCGGGGAGAAGAUCUGCUCCAUGGACACGUCUGUGUCCAGCCCCGAGCUGCUGCAGCAGGAAGGGAAAGAUUGUAAGAGUGACACACCAACCAGUAACUGGCUCACAGCAAAGAGUGGCAGGAAGAAAAGGUGUCCCUACACAAAGCACCAGACCUUGGAGUUGGAGAAGGAGUUUCUGUUCAACAUGUAUCUGACCCGAGAGCGCCGCCUAGAGAUCAGCCGGGGCGUCAACCUGACCGACAGGCAGGUCAAGAUCUGGUUUCAGAACCGCAGGAUGAAGCUGAAGAAGAUGAGCAGAGAAAACCGCAUCCGGGAACUCACCUCAAACCUCACCUUCUCGUGAGCUCGCAUGAAUCUGUGGUUAGCUGUUUUUCUGUUUAAUAUUCAGUUUGAUGCUUUAGUAGCAUUGGACGUUUAUCCUCAAUUUCAAGGAAACUGUGACUAUAUAUAUAUAUAUAUAUAUAUAUAUAUGUAUAUGU